UCUUUUUAUAAUUGUGCAUAAAAACGUGAGAUAAGAGUGAACAGAUUGGAUGAGCAUGGCUUGAACGAGGACAUCGUCUAAUUGUCUCUCUCUCCUCUCUCUCUUUCUCUCUCUAGCUCUCUCUUUGCUGGGCUGGAAUGGCGACGAGUGAUCAAAACAGGGAGGCCUGUUUGUACCAGGAGUGGAUGAAGCUGCAAGAGCAGGAGCUGACGGAGCUGAGCCGGGUAAUAAAUGGCUCCGCCGGAGAUGCAGAAUCAAGGGAGCUGAUCGGGAAGAUCAUGAGCCAUUUCCGGGAGUACAUCCAGGAGCGGAGCCGGAUGGCGCGAGCCGACGUGUCGCCGUACUUCGCGCCGACCUGGUGCACCUCCCUGGAGCGGUCGGUGCUCUGGAUCGGCGGCUGCCGGCCGUCGUCGUAUGUCCGGCUGAUUUACGCGCUCUGCGGCCUGGAGAUAGAGUCGCAGCUGUCGGAGUUCCUCCGGGGAGUCAGGAUUGGGAAUUUGGGGGAGCUGUCGGCGAGGCAGGUGGCGAUGGUGGACGAAUUGCAGAGCCGGACGAUUCGGGAGGAGCGGAAGCUGUCGGGCCAGCUGGCGAGCCUGCAGGAGGACGUGCUGGAUCAGCCGCUGGCGGCGAUCGCCUUGGCGGAGCGGCGGACCGCCGCCGCCGGCGACCUGGAGGAGGCGCUGGAUAGGCACGGCAGUGCCAUGGCGGGGAUUUUGGAGGAAGCAGAUCGGCUGAGGCUGAAUGUUCUUAAGGAGAUGAUAGGGAUUCUCACGCCGCCGCAGGCGGUGGACUUCCUGGCGGCGGGGAAGAAGCUCCGGUUGUCCGUACGCGAAUGGGGCCGGAAGAGGGAUCUCGAGCAUGGAAGGGGUUGUCCUUAUUAGAUAGAUUACUACAAGUGAUUAUGUAUAAAGAGGCAUUAGCAUUAUAUAUAUAUGUAUGUGCUUAGUUUGGUUCUGUGUAAGAUUUAAUUAAUUGUAGUAUGGGUUUGUAUUA